ACCCUUUAAAUACUUUGGGCUCUGUCUGCUCGGCCUCGGUGAUCGCAAAUUCUACCGCCGGACCCAACUUCACAAGUUCAACGGAACUCCCAGAACUGAAGACAUGGAGCGUACCUUCAUUGCCGUGAAGCCCGAUGGCGUCCAGAGGGGACUGUGUGGUGAGAUCAUCAAGCGUCUUGAGACAAGAGGAUUCAGGCUGUGCGCCGCUAAGUUCAUGCAGGGCUCUGAGGACUUCAUGAAGAACCACUACCUGGACCUGAAGGACAUGCCCUUCUAUGCUGGUCUCUGCAAAUACAUGUCCUCUGGACCCGUCCUCGCCAUGGUGUGGGAGGGUCAGAACAUUGUGAAGCUGGUCAGGAUGAUGCUGGGUGAGACCAACCCCGCUGACUCCAAGCCCGGCAGUAUCCGUGGUGACCUGUGCAUCAACAUCGGCAGGAACAUCAUCCACGGCAGCGACACCCUGGAGAACGCCAAGAGAGAGGUGGACCUGUGGUUCAAGGCCGAGGAGUUCGUCAACUGGACCCCCUGCUACCAGCCCUUCCUCUACGAGUAAACCGCCCAAUCAGACACCGAGAAACCACGCCCGACCCGCCCCCGGACCCGUCCCCGCAUCCAUCCCCUCCUACGACAAACCUCGACUCUCUACAGCUGACCCACCCACUUGGUUUUCAUCGUCCAAUCACAAACAUGCAGCACUGAUCAAUAAAGUGUCAUGUUAACGAA